AUGGACAGGUUGCAUUCUUCCAUGCGCAAGCGUCUGUACAGCUUGCCCCAUCAAAUCGGACAGAAAUCGGACGAGGGCGACGCGGACGCGCGGAGAAAGAGCGUCCGUAUGAAGUCGCUGGCGCCUUCAGUGUCUCCCGAGGCCGCGAGCGGUGAGCCAGACGCGCUCAGUGCGCUCAGAAGCAACGCAAACGGCGACUGCCGGAGGUUUAAAGGGAGCCUGUCGUCCGUCACCAGCCGCCACGGAGCGGACGCCGAAGCGCACGAGCAGAAGCGCCUCAUCGUCGAAGAAGACGACGAUGGUGGCGAAGACGGACUUCCAGAGGAAGAUGGAGUGGCGGAGGAGGGCGCGCGCGGCGGCGCUGCUGGUUGCGCGGAGAGCCAGAGCGCGGCCUCCGAUGAGCACGCGACUUUCAUUAAGUUGGAGGGCAUCGAGCAGAUGGCGCCCGACGAAGAGCGCCUCUAUCAGGGAGGGUUCGUACACCGGCAACUGGGCGCCAUGCUGCAGCCCGGAGUCAACAAGUUCUCUCUGCGCAUGUUUGGUAGCGAGAAGGCAGUGGAGCGCGAGCAAGAGCGAGUCAAAUCGGCCGGGUCGUGGAUCAUUCACCCGUACAGCGACUUCAGAUUCUACUGGGACCUGAUAAUGCUGCUUUUGAUGGUGGGAAAUCUGAUCAUCAUUCCAGUGGGCAUCACAUUCUUCAAAGAUGAACAUACACCAGCCUGGAUUGUUUUCAACGUGGUCUCUGAUACCUUCUUUUUAGUGGAUCUAGUCCUGAACUUCCGGACUGGCAUUGUGAAGGAGGACAGCACAGCGAUCAUCCUGGAUCCACAGCAGAUAAAGGUGAGGUACCUGCGCAGCUGGUUUGCCGUAGACUUCCUCUCCUCCAUCCCUGUGGAUUAUAUCUUCCUUAUCGUUGAGACACGGAUUGACUCAGACUUCUACAAGACGGCCAGAGCUUUGAGGAUCGUUCGCUUUACUAAGAUUCUGAGUUUGCUCAGGUUACUGCGACUGUCCCGGCUCAUCAGAUACAUUCAUCAGUGGGAGGAGAUUUUCCACAUGACCUAUGACCUGGCUAGUGCUAUGGUGCGUAUAGUGAACUUGAUUGGUAUGAUGCUGUUGCUGUGCCACUGGGAUGGCUGUCUGCAGUUUCUUGUGCCCAUGCUCCAGGACUUUCCUGCCGACUGCUGGGUCUCCAAAAACAAAAUGGUGAAUGAUACUUGGGGUCAGCAGUACUCCUACGCUCUGUUUAAGGCGAUGAGCCACAUGCUCUGUAUUGGGUAUGGCAUGUACCCACCCGUGGGCAUGACAGACGUGUGGCUGACCAUCCUCAGCAUGAUUGUGGGUGCCACCUGCUAUGCCAUGUUUGUAGGUCAUGCCACUGCCCUUAUUCAAUCACUAGACUCAUCUCGAAGGCAAUACCAGGAGAAGUAUAAGCAAGUGGAGCAGUACAUGUCCUUCCACAAGCUUCCUGCUGACAUGCGCCAAAGGAUCCAUGACUACUAUGAACACCGUUAUCAGGGCAAGAUGUUUGAUGAAGAGAGCAUUCUUGGAGAGCUGAAUGAGCCACUCCGAGAGGAGAUCAUCAGUUUCAACUGUAGAAAGCUGGUGGCCACCAUGCCCUUGUUUGCUAAUGCGGAUCCCAACUUUGUAACCUCCAUGCUUACCAAGUUACGCUUUGAAGUCUUCCAGCCUGGUGACUACAUCAUUCGAGAAGGCACCAUAGGAAAGAAAAUGUAUUUUAUCCAACAUGGGGUGCUAACAGUUCUGACGAAGGGCAGUAAAGAAACAAAGAUUUCAGAUGGGUCUUACUUUGGAGAGAUCUGUUUGCUGACUCGGGGCAGAAGAACAGCCAGUGUGAGAGCAGAGACAUACUGCCGUCUAUACUCUCUAUCUGUGGACAACUUUAAUGAAGUGUUGGAAGAGUAUCCAAUGAUGCGUCGGGCUUUUGAGACAGUAGCCCUUGAUCGUCUAGACCGCAUUGGAAAGAGAAACUCUGUUCUCCAGCACAAAGUGCAGCGAGAUCUCAACUCAGGUGUGCUGAACUUUCAGGAGAAUGAAAUCAUCCAGCAGAUUGUACAGCAUGAUCGGGACAUGGCUCACUGUGCUCACUUAAUGCAGACCCGUUCACCAGGUCCUCACACAACCCCACCUAAUUCCUCUCACACUCCAGUUAUCUGGGCUCCUCUCAUCCAGGCUCCACUCCAAGCUGCUGCAGCCACUACUUCAGUGGCCAUUGCCCUUACCCGCCACCCACAUCUGCCCCAUACACUUUUCCGGCCUCCGGUACCAAUGUUGGGUUCACUGAAAGACCCACCAGGCCAUUUUAAAAGGUUUCCAGUGGUUUCUGGUGCAUUGGGUACUACACUGGGUAGUUCAUCCUCUGGAGCAAGUUCUCAGCUUGGCUCUGGAGUGGAGACCCCUAUUUUGGAUUCACUUAGAACCAAGAGUUCUGCAACAUCUUCCUCGCCUCCUUUGCCUUCUGCCUCCAGUUCUUUACCAUCUUCCACAACAACCACCAUCACCACCAUGACAUCCAGCAUCAGUGAGGCCUCCACCUUCUCCCAAAGACCUCUCAGCACCUGUGGUUCUGGAUUCCCCAGUGUGGCUCAGCUCCAUCCCCAACCUCAGCUUCCGCAUGCUUCCUUCUCUAGCAUUACUGCUCCACUGCCUGGCUUCUUCCAACAAAGGGCAGUAGGAAGAGACCUGGCUCAAUUUGCCAUUCCCUCUGCCUCUACUAUUACUCCUUUAAUAGCCCACUCCAUUAGCCCUAUACUAACACAACUGCAGUCCACUCAGCCCAAACCUCUUCAUGCUAAGUGCAGUCAGGAGGUGAGUAAACCAGUUAGGACCACCACUCCAUCACCUUCUACUGGAUCCCCACUUUUCUCUUCAAAUCUUUUCGAGCCAACUGUCCCAAAUCCCCAGACUCAGGAUCCUCAGAGCAGUGAUCAUCUCGUACAGCUCUCACAUGAACCAUCUGCUCUGGCUUCAGUUACUCAGUAUGGCUCUGGAAAUGCUUCCCCUUGUACCACCCCACCAGCCUGGAGCCCUUCAUUCCAGAGUCCUAUGGUGCAAAAGAAGCGGACACCAAUUAAUAGCAAUCCCUCGAGUACCUCAGGAUCCCAAAGCUCUCUCCUGUCCCCUCAGACCCUUUGUCCUCUGCCUUCCCAGUCACAAGAGAGGGCAGGAUCUCUGGUUGAUCUCCCUUCUCAGGAUGUCAGCACUAUUUCCAUAUCGCUUCCUUCCCCACGACCCUUUGAGAGGCAUAAAUUAGUAAGACAAGGCCCACAUGUCCCAGAUCAGUCACAUCUGGUAUCAGUGUCUGGGUUCAGCCAUACUUCUUUCCCAACCCCUGUUACCAAACCUUAUAGUUCAAUACCCGGCCAUGUGGCCAUGUCAAGACAGACUUCCAAAGUGUCCCAAGCCCAGACUGGGUUUACUGGUGAUCCUGGGUCUCGAGAGAGUUCCAUUCCAGGGACACCAAGCUUGCACCCCAAACUCCCAUCAAACUUAUGAGAAUGAAUGGUGUCCUUGUCUAUUGUACAGACCAUGUUUUUAUCAAUGAAAAAUAUGUAUAAGAAAGUCACUUUUAUGGCUAAGGAGAUGUUUGUCUACCUGUAUUUAUAACCGUGCAGUGACUACUUCUCAACUCAUAAUGCCAAACGAAGGAAUAGAUAGGUGUCUGAUGAUUGAAUGAGAGUGUAUGUAAGUGUGGGUUUGUGACUGAAUGGUGUUUAAG